CGUUGCUCGACGAGCUUCACGGGUAGUUCUAUACGAUUACUUAGAUCUAUUUUUUGCAUAAAGUAAUUUCAAUUUACCUAAAUCCAAACAUCCGAAGCUCCUUAGUUUUGCAAUGAAAUUUCUCGGAAGAUCCAAGGCUACACCCCCCACUCUCUGGUUGGAGAUUGAGGCACUCCAGGCCAAAAACCUUACUGAAAGCGCAAAGAACUGCCACCCCAAAUUGAUAGCAAGCAUUAACGGAACCAGCCAGUCUACCUGCCGCGCAAAUAACACUGUCUCUCCACAAUGGGGCGAUACGUUAUCCUUACCCUUGGACGACUUCGGCUCGCAAGUUGUGAAGCUCAUGGUUUGGGAUGCUCAUAGAAUAACCAGCAACUACUUGGGUGAACUACGCUUGAAUGUCAGUGAGUUGUUUGAAGAUAGAGAGACUGUUUCUCCCGCCAGAUGGUACAAAUUACACGCCUCAAAGUACCAACACUCAUUUGUUCCAGGCCACGUGGAGUUGGCCUUCGGGCUCGCGAUAUCUAAGAAACGUACCCAGUCCUUGGAUGUGUCUGACAUCCGCAUCUCAGUGCCAGAAACCACCCUGGAAGUGUCUAAGUUGAAAGUCUCCGAUGCCCUGGUCUUAGAACUUUUAGAGAAAUGGCGCAGAAACACCACUGGCGUGACGGCGUUGCCAGAUUCACAGGGUUUUUACAGCGAAGAUGAAGGGGAAGUUGAUAUUUUGGACCCCAAGCCCUCUUCGGAUGGCUCGCCCACGUUUGAAUACAGGCCGGUAUCCGCACUGUUACUCCUUCCGUUUGACGACGGCACAGAUAUGAGCUCUUAUGUCAGUUCCGAUGCGACUAGCACCGCCGAGUUGAGUGAUUGUCCCCUGUCCCGUAAUCAUGGCUCUACCUUGGCGGUGGCGUCUGGAAAGACGAAACGGCUUGCCAAGUUUCAAAGAGCAAAGGCCCGGAACUACGAAUUGUUCAAGACCCGCAACGUUUUGGGGGUUGUGUUUGUGGAAAUCUUGCUGUGUACGGAUCUUCCGCCGCUCAAGUCGACCUCUGCGAGCUUGCGGUUUGAUAUGGAUCCGUUUGUAGUUGUAUCUUUCGGUAAAAAGACGUUUCGAACGUCCUGGCGAAACCACACGUUGAAUCCCAUCUUCAAUGAGAGGUUGGCGUUUGAAAUCAUGCUCUCAGAGCGUGACUAUGAUGUGACCUUUAGUGUGCUCGAUAAAGACCGGUUCUCGUUUCACGACGAUGUGGGGGUCAUCACGGUUCCCCUUAACGACUUGGUGGAGAUUCCGUCGGAUCUGAGUGAGAAUUCUAGACCAACAAGUGACAAGGUAUCUGUGAUUGACGAUUCCACCCACGUUUCCUUCAGAAAGUCAACGGUUUUGAAGAAGAAGACAAUCACGCACCAGUCGGUGGACACGGCCCACUUCAAAACGCUAGCAUUGAAGCUUGAGUUGAAGCAAGCCAAGUACGCGGAAAAAUACCGCCCGGAGUUGAAGGUUCGCACACGGUUCCUCCACUACGAUGAGUUAAGGCGGCAAUUCUGGAUGAAACUCUUGGCACAAUACGACAUGAACAAGGACGGGCAUUUUGACUUUAUGGAGUUGACGGUUUUCUUGGAAAGCAUCGGGUCCACCUUGAGUGACGAGACGAUUGAAUCCUUCUAUGCAAAGCACGGCAAGAGCUUGCCUAAUGGGGACACCUUGGGCUUUGAGGAGAUUGUUGAUAGCUUGGAGGAAUUGGUAUACGCGGGGCUUAAGAGUGAGAACCACAUCAUCAACAUCGACAAGUGCCCUGUGUGUGGGAAAGCACGGAUGGCGCAGUCGGCAGACAUGGACAUCGUGACUCACGUGGCAAUCUGUGCCUCCAAAGACUGGAGCAUUGUCGACAAGCUUCUCUUUUCGCGCUACGCGUCGGUGAAUCAGGCCACUCGGAAGUGGUACUCCAAAGCACUAAUCAAGCUCACCUAUGGAAAGUAUGUUCUCGGGGGAAAGAACUCAGGAAAUAUUUUAGUGCAAGACCGAGCCACUGGGAUCAUCUUGGAGGAGAAGAUGUCGAUGUACGUGCGCUUGGGGAUCCGGCUCUUGUACAAUAAGUUCGACAAGGCCGAUACGAAGAGGGUCAGACGGUCGCUCAAGUCACUCAGCAUUAAGCAGGGGGCAAAAUUCGACAGUCUAAACUCAGCCAAGGAUAUCAGUUCGUUCAUCAAGUUCCAUAAGUUGGACCUCACCGACUGCUUAAACCAGGACCCAGAAGCCUACGCUACGUUCAAUGAGUUUUUCUACCGUGCUUUGAAGCCGGGUGCGAGGCCCGUGACAUCCCCAGAGGAGCCGCGAAUCGUGGUAUCCCCUGCUGAUUGUCGCUCGUGCACAUUCGAUUCCAUCUCUGCUGCUACCGAAAUCUGGAUCAAAGGGCGCAACUUUUCGGUCGAAAAGUUGAUGGCAGGGCACUUCCCCGAGCUCUUGCUGAAACUUCAGAACUGCGCCAUUGGGAUCUUCCGUUUGGCCCCCCAGGACUACCACCGCUUCCACUCCCCGGUGGAGGGUGUCAUUGGCGAAAUUAAGGAAAUCUCAGGGGACUACUACACCGUGAAUCCCAUGGCCAUCAGAUCAGAGUUGGAUGUGUUUGGGGAGAAUGUCCGAUGUUUGGUACCGAUACAUACCAAGGACUUUAGCACCGUUCUUUACAUUGCCAUCGGUGCGAUGAUGGUGGGCUCGAGCGUGUUUACCGUUUCUGAAGGCCAGACGGUGAAGAAGGGUGACGAAAUUGGGUACUUCAAGUUUGGUGGGUCCACCAUUUUGACGUUGUUUGAACCGAAAUACUUCCAGUUUGACCUUGAUCUCGUUCAGAAUAGCUCCCAGAGUAUCGAGACGUUGGUUCGUGUGGGGCAGUCCAUCGGUCAUUCCCCUUCGGUCCCAGAGUCAACGCUCUCCAAGAGAGACAUUAAGAAGAUGACCCACGAUGAAAGAUUGACGUUGUUCAGAACGAUUACCGGCGGCGACUACGCUCAUGUUAAUACUUUGAGUUGGGAAAGCCAGCAGGUAGAUGAGGAUGCGUUGGACAUGGAUGAGGAUGCGUUGGAUAUGGAUGAGGAUGCGCUGGAUAUGGAUGAGGACGCGUUGGACGUGGAUGAUGACUCCGAGUCGGGAUGAAGGGUGCAUCACAUUAUUUGUAUUAUCAAGCAUAUCAUCAAAUUUCGGGUUUAAGUACCUAAACAGCUCCAAUGGAGUGGUUUAUACAUCUGAGGGAUCUAUGAAGUUUUUACCGAUAAAUAGACAUGCUCUGGUGUGUGCUAAACCGAUUGUAAGCCCUGUGAGUUGACUGUAAGUUGGUUUUAUAUGCUGUUAUCGAUUAUUUUCUGGGGACUCCACAAGGUACAAGGGCUUUCUGGUAGUGAAUCUUGCUGAAAAGCCCUAUGCUUUGUGAGAAGGAAAUAUUUGCGCCGUAAUUCUGGUGUUGGAAAAACAUUCAAUAGUACUCCUGUUUCUAAAU